UAGCUACUUACUUGUAUACAUGUGUUGUUUUUUUAUAUUGAAAUUAAAAUUUUAAUUCAUCUGUAAUCAGUAAACAUUGGAAAGCAGCUCUGGAAGCUUUUAGUGUAGUAUUAAGUAAUUUAAAAAUUCAUCAUCUCGAAAUUUUUAUAAGUUUUUUCUAUCAUACAUAAAAGAUUCCUUUUAUGCUUGAGUAACAUAAACUAUUUCUGGAUUAAAUUUAAACCUUAGUAAAAUGGCACAAAAACGAGAGGAGCAGUCGCUCUUAGGACGGUCUACGGAACCUUCUAUCAUAUCGAGUCGAAAUAAUUCAACAGAACCUGUAAAGCUAACGCCAUCGUGGGAAGCGCGUAAUGACUUACCAGAAGAUGAAUUGAAUUUUAGAAGCUUGACUAUGGACCGAGUAAAAAUGGAAAUGCAGCCACCUUCCGAUAGAUUCAAAAUAAUUUUCUUCAUUUUACUUUUUCAUGGAAUUGGAACUUUAACUCCGUGGAAUAUGUUUAUUACUGCAAAAGAGUACUUUGUGGACUAUAAACUCUCACCAAAUUACACUGGAACUAAUAAUACAGAAUAUGCAGCAAAUUUCAUGCCUUAUUUAACGUUCGCGUCACAAAUUCCUAAUGUACUUUUCAAUUGGAUGAACAUAUUUGUUAACCUAGGGGGCGAUCUGACGAAACGAGUUGUUUGGAGUUUAAUAAUUGAGAUUAUUUUGUUUUUAAUAACCGUUAUACUUGCUAUGGUUGAUUCAUCUCAAUGGCCAGGGACAUUUUUUUGGGUUACAAUGGCAUCAGUUGUUGCACUCAACAUGUUUGGAGGAAUAUUUCAAAAUACAGUUUAUGGAAUGGCAGCUAAACUUCCAUCAAAAUACACAGGAGCUGUAGUGUUGGGAUCAAAUAUUAGUGGAACAUUUGCAACAAGCAUUAGCAUUAUGAGUGGUUUUAUAUGGUCAUCAGUUAGAAAAGCAGCAAUUUAUUACUUUAUAACAGCAAUGUUUGUUAUUCUGAUAUGUUUUGAUACGUUUUUUGCAAUGCCUUUAAACAGGUUUUAUCGAUUUCAUGAAAUGCAAAGUGAAAAAAUGCAAGAAAAAUCGCGUAGAUCAAAUAUCACUGGAAGUGGAAAACCACCAUAUUGGACAAUUUUCAAACAAUGUUUUCCACAGCUAUUCAAUGUUUUCAUGAUCUUCUUCGUUACAUUAUCAGUUUUUCCUACAGUACACUCGGAUAUAAAGCCAAUGAACGACGAUUUGUUUGGAAUAAUCAGUAACAAAUACUUUACAACAAUCACUUGCUUCUUAACAUUUAAUGUCUUUGCAAUGUUGGGAAGUUUAUUGACUUCUUGGGUUCAAUGGCCUUCGCCGAAAUUCCUUGUAUGGCCAGUUCUUCUUCGUAUUGUUUUUAUACCAUUGUUCUUAAUAUGUAACUAUCAUCCGCUUGGAGUAUCGAGAGUUCUACCAGUUUAUAUUAAAGAUGACUAUGUUUAUUGGUCUAUUGCUAUAUUAAUGAGCUUUUCUUCAGGAUAUUUGAGUUCCCUCGCUAUGAUGUAUGCACCAAUAUCACAAUCAAAUCCAGUUUAUCAAGUUAAAGCUGGAAUGAUGGCAGCUGCAAUGUUAAUUUCCGGAAUUUUUGGUGGGAUCAUGUUUUCCUUCUUGCCUCCUAUUAUAGUUCAGUAUAAUUUUGAAAGCCUUUUUUCUUAGAGGUUUUUUGUUUUAUUCAACUAAGCAAAUUUUUAGCGCAUUUUUGAAACUUGUUUCGAAAAGGUAGCUUAAUAAUCCACUUUGUUCGCUCGUUCGGGGCAACAAAAACUUUUUAAUCAGACAUCGUAGAGAGCUCGGGUUUGUUUUACUGCCCCACAAUUAAGUGCCCUAAAUUUAUAUGUUCCAUUGUAUCAACUUUCCCAAUAUUUUUGUCCCAAAUUUUAUGCAUUUAAUUUUUUUAAAUGCAAAAUAUCCGAUCGGGAUAAAAAUCUCAAAUUUCUACUCCAAAAUGUUCAUUACUUUUUGUAGAAAUCUGAAGUACAUGAUUUUAGAUUUUCAUCCUGAUUUUCCAUAAUAUUUCAAUGAGCUUAUUUUGGUUAAAAUUAAUAGCAUCAAUUCAAAAAUUAAUAAUCUGUAUUCUAAAAUAUUUUCUUAUUAAAUUAUUAAUGAACAAUAGUUUUUUUGUGAAGUUUAACGAUUUUAGAAUAUUUGAUAGAAAUGUUUCAAAAUCUCAAUUUUAUCAAAGAAUCUGGUUUUGAAGUUUCUAUAGUAUAUAAGAUUUAAGCAAAUUCAUAUUUGUUCUAAUG